UUAUAAAAGAACAAAGAAAUAAUGAGGCUACAAAAUUUGAAAAAAUUCAAAAAAAAGUAGAAACGUCUCACAUUUAUUACAAUUUCGCGCCAAUACAGAUACUUUCCUUUUACAUCUUCAAUCUUUACACUUCCAAAAAUAUUCACUCUCAGAUCCCAAAAUUCAAACAAGAAUAAUCCAUUUUUAUUACACAAAAAAUCAUAUUCAAACUUCUCAGAAAAUAAACACUCUUUGUAACGUUUCAUUUUCUCUCUCUUCUUUGUCUGUAAAACAAAAAUUCAAAUUCUAGGGUUUCGUGCUUAAUUUUUUUUUUGGUUUUACCAGUGAAUUUCUGGUUCACUCAAAAUAAAUCGAUAUGAGAGAGGCUUCAACUCCGUCUCUCUCUCCUACUACUUGUGGUUCGCUACUUCAAGAAUUACAGAAAAUAUGGGAUGAAAUUGGGGAGAGUGACAGUGAAAGAGAUACGAUGCUUUUAGACCUAGAGCAAGAAUGCCUUGACAUUUAUCGAAGGAAGGUGGAGAAUACAAGGAAGUACAAAGCUGAUCUUUAUCAAGCACUUGCUGAGGGUGAAGCUGAAAUUGCUCAGCUUAAUUCAACACUUGGAGAGAGAACCUCUUUUGCACGGGCAAAGGGUACUCUAAGGGAGCAACUAUCUUCUAUAAAACCUGUCUUGGACAAUCUGAGAUCAAAGAAACAGCAAAGAGUUAAGGAGUUCUCUGAAAUUGAGUCCAAGAUAAUUCGAAUCUGUGCUGAGGUAGCAGGCAAUGAUCAGUUUAUAAAUAAUGCUGAGCCUCAAGUUGAUGAAAAAGACUUAACCGUGCAAAGGCUGGCCGAACGUAAAUCACAUCUUGAAGAGCUUCAAAAUGAAAAGGCUCUCCGUUUGCAGAAAGUUAAUGCUCAUAUUAGUAAUAUUCAUGAGCUUUCAGUGGUCAUGUCUGUUGACUUUACAACAACAGUAGCUGAGGUCCACCCUUCUUUGCUUGAUCAUGAAAAUGGCCAAUUGAAGAGCAUUAGUAAUGAUACUCUCGCUAAACUAACGAGUGUGGUGAAAUCGUUAAAACAAGAAAAGCAGCAGCGGUUGCAAAAGAUUCAAGAUUUGGGCAGUGCUCUUAUGGAGCUGUGGAGUCUCUUGGACAUCCCAACUUCUGAGCAGAAAAAGUUCGAGCAUAUUACAUGCUUAAUCUCUUCUUGUAUUGAUGAGGUCUCAAGAUUGGGUUCCCUUUCUAUGGAUGCCAUUGAGCAGGCUGAACUUGAAGUUGAGCAGUUAAAUAUUCAUAAAGCCAGCAGGAUGAGGGAGCUAGUAUUGAAGAGGCAAACUGAACUAGAGGAAAUUUAUAGAGAGGUUCACAUGGAAGUAGACACUGAUGCUGCAAGGAAAAUGCUGAUUAACCUCAUAGAUUCUGGCAAAGUAGAUUUGUCUGAGAUGCUCUUUCGUAUGGAUGAUCAAAUAAGACAAGCUAAAGAAGAAGCACAGAGCAGGAAGGAUAUACUUGAUAGAGUUGAGAAGUGGAAACAUGCAGCAGAGGAAGAAAAUUGGCUAGAUGAAUAUGAAAAGGAUGACAAUAGAUACUGUGCUGGAAGGGGAGUACAUAAAAGUUUGAAGAGGGCAGAGAAGGCAAGGACUCUAGUCAGCAAAUUACCUUCUCUUGUUGAGAGUUUGAUAGCAAAAGUUAAAGCUUGGGAGAUAGAGAAAGGAAUGACGUUCCUUUAUGGCAAGGAACCUCUGUUGCAUGAAUUACAAGAAUACACUUCACAGCGUCAGCAUAGGGAAGAAGAGAAACGUAGAACUCGGGAGCAGAAGAAGUUGCAGGAACAGCUUGCGACAGAAAAAGAAGCGAUCUAUGGUUCAAAGCCUAAAAAGCCUUUGGGUCAAAGCACCAAUAACAACACAAUGGUUGGAACUCCCGCUCGUAGAAUAGGAACUCCCUCAGGGCGUAUGGGGAUAUCUGGUAGUAAAGAUCGCAGAGAUAGCACGAGAGUUAUACCAGUGAACUUUGUAGCUCUUGCCAAAGAUGAUCCCGUAUAUCGUGGUAGCUAACUCUCAUUCAUUUUGUUUUGAUGGUCUUCAUAUGGUGGAAAGCAAGGAUGUUCAAGGUGAAAGGAUAUUGAGAGAUGGUAAUUUUGGGUAGUCAGCACCAAAAGAUUAGGAAAUUUUUCUUUUGUUCAUGUCUGAAUCUCAUGUCAUAAAAGAUGUGUUAUCGAGGUGCAUAUUUUCUAUAGUUAGUUAUUGGUAUGAUGGUAUGUGUUAAUAUGGGGUUUAAUGGUGGAUUGCAUAUUUUCUGGAAUUGUUUACUGAGCUCUCUUAGAUUGUCGAACUUCUUAGGAAGGGAAUUACUGAUAGCUGAAUUUCUAAGCAUAUUUCAUUGACUAUACUUUCGUUAA